AUGCCCGACGGUUCAAGUGACUUAGAAGCCAUGCCAAAGUUAAAUAUCGUUCUUGGCAUCACGAUAGCGGUGUCCACUUCGUUUAUUCAAUCUCUCGGGCUUACUAUACAACGUAAAUCUCACGUUUUAAAUGAAAACAUUUAUCCCGUAGAGUUAAGGCGAUCAGCUUGUAGAAGGCCACUAUGGCAUUUGGGUUUUGAUACUUAUAUAGUUUCCAACAUAAUCGGAAGUGUUUUCUCGAUUGGAUAUCUUCCAAUAAUCAUAUUAGCACCUUUGGGAGCAGUGACUCUUAUCUUCAAUGCCUUAUUCGCUAAACUACUUUUAGGUGACGUGUUUUCUAAGAGAUCAUUAAUAGGAACGAUUUUCAUUAUAAUCGGUGCUAUUAUGAUUGCACUUUUUGGUAUGGUCGAUGAACCAAAACAUUCGCUUGAAGACUUGAUCGAACUAUAUAAGCGUCCAGCGUUCAUUGCAUACUUUUCGGUCAUAGAAUUAUUGGUCAUUUUAUUCCUCAUCGCCAGCAAGUAUGGGGAAUAUCUCUUAAAUAAAAUGUCUCGAAAUGAGCGUGAUCCGAUCUUCGGAUGGCCUUGGAAAAAACUACAGACAAUUGUUGGUAUAACGUAUGGAGUAAUUGGAGGAAUGAUAUCUAGUCAGAGUUUAUUAUUCGCAAAGAGUGGUAUUGAAUUGUUAAUUUUGACUAUUUAUGGCAAUAAUCAAUUUGACCGUCCAUUAAGUUGGAUAAUUGUAAUAAUAUUGGUUGCUACAGCUUUACUUCAGCUUUAUUACCUUAACAAAGGGCUAAGAAUGUGCGAUACGGUCAUAUUAGUUCCGCUUUCUUUUUGCACUUACAACGCUUCAACUAUAUUUAAUGGCCUUGUGUAUUACAAUCAAUGGGACCGAUUAAAAUGGUAUCAAAUACUACUUGUCGUAGUUGGUAUAUGCAUAUUACUAUGUGGGGUACUGGUAUUAUCGUGGCGAAGAAAUACCGCUCCCGAAGAAGGUUUACUGGAAGGGGAAGAUAGUUUGCUAUUAGGACAUGAUAUUGAAGGGUUAACAGAACUUUAUGAAAGCGAAGAGACUUUUGGCAGAUAUGCCGAGAAUAAUACUCUCGAUUUUUCGGUGACCAAUAAUUCUGUGGAUAUAUAUCAAAAUGUUGGGAACUCUUCUGGAGAAAUUAUAAAAUUUCAGGAGAUGUUGCAGGAAGAGGACGGUGGUGAUGAUGCAGAUGAAAAAACUUCACUUUUAAGUAAAAAUCAUAAAAAUAGACGUAACAAUAGGUCCGUAUCUGUUGGUACAGUGCAAGACGAAAAUUACGGUAUACUCUAA